AUCAGUCUAUUAAACUGCUAUACAUUUUCAAUACAAUUGUUCAAGUAAAAAUGCAACUUUAUUAUGUUUUAAUGUCAUGUGCCUUUUUGAAUGUCUUGGCCUAUAAUAUGAGGGAUUAUUUUAAAGCAGUUUACAGUACAAACGGACUUAUCGACCGUGCUGUUCGCAUAAAGUCAUUUCGUCAUGAAAAAUUAAAUGCAUUCGAGUAUACCAUAAGGGGAAUGGUUUUAUCAGAUGAUACUGAUUUCGCUUUUGAUAAAAUGAAGUUUAUGGUGGCAAUACCAGAACGUGCAGAACGUGAAAAUCUAGACAGAUACGUGAGAUUCCAGUUACGUUUGCAACAGGAACUAACCAGAGUUACAAGUCUUGAACCGGUACCGCUAAAUUCAAUAACUAAGGAACCGCCUCGGACAGCUAUUAAACUGCCUUCACCAGAAGAUCCUAUUCCACAACUUGAAGAAAUAGUAAAGGUGGCAAAUGUCCUAAGGAAAAAAACUAGAAAAGCUUUGUGGGGUCUCCUCAUGGAGGAUGUUUUUAUACCUGAGCAGC